UGGUUGUUUACAAUCUCUGCGGCUAAACAUGGCCGCCAACAAACUCAGUAGUGCUAGUUAGAGGUUCAUCAAACUCAUAUCUUCUAUUUUUAUGAGUCUUAAACUGUUAAUCAGGCUACGGUGCGAUUGUGAAUUCAAAUAGUUACCCUCCUUGUCGCUAGUUUAAUUUUUAUCUCCUCUCCCUGUGACCCGUUAGCCGCCGAAGCUAGGUAGCGAGCUAGCUUCUCCAUAGGGAACAAUGACAGCGACGUCUGCAGGAAGCGGUGGGUGCCCUCCUGCCAAAGGUCUGGACAUAAGUCUGGCCGCCCUGCAGCGACAGGACCCGUACAUCAACGACAUCGUGGACGUGACCAGCCAGGUGGCUCUGUAUACUUACAACAACAGGGCGAACGAGUGGGAGAAGACCGAGGUGGAAGGAACACUGUUUAUUUACACAAGGCUGGCAUCUCCCAGGCAUGGUUUCACUAUAAUGAACCGACUCAACAUGGAGAACCUGACAGAGCCAAUCACCAAAGACCUGGACUUCCAGCUCCAGGAUCCCUUCCUGCUGUAUCGCAAUGCACGAUUGGUUAUCCACGGGAUUUGGUUCUACGAUAAGGAGGACUGCAAGCGCAUCGCCCAGAGGAUGACGAUUCUGACCCAGCAGGAGCAGACCGUGGCUCAGUCUCAAGGCGGUUGGCUCUCCCCAGCCGGAGGAGGAGUUGUUAUUGGGCGCGGAGGAGUAACAGGUGGUGGUGGAGGUGGAGGAGGAGGAGGAGAUAGAAGGGAAGGAAAGGGGGUAGACAUCCUCCAGAUGUUGACCAAAGCACGCACAGAGUAUGACAAGGUUGGCAAGGAAAAUUCUCCAUCUGAGCCAAAAGCGAUUGGUGGCAGCAGUGUUCUGUUUGGAAACCCCAACCUGAUAAAACCAAUACCUGUUAAACCUAAUACUAAGGACAGUGAAGCCGCUGAACCCAAGCCUCUCUCUCUGGCCAUUCUCUUUGGAUCUCAACCUCACCGCUCACCCAAGCAGGCCCCCGUCUCUCCUGUGUCGCCAGCAGGGAAAGUCUCUCGGCCUCCUGUGGCCCGCACACUGACCUACGACGAUUCGAUGAACUCUGGCAGAAUUGUGACCUCAAAAGGAGGUAAUGCUGGGAGUUCAGACGGAGGGAUGAUUGCUGUAGUCCGGGAAGUGGGUGGAAAUGUUGUUGCAGGCCUGCUGCCUAGUCAACAUCAUCAUCAUCAGCAGCAGCAGCGGCAGCAGGAACAGCAGCAGCACUGCCCAGCCAUCCAGAAGCUCAUGCAGGGGCAGAGAGGGGUCGGGAUGCUUCAGACCGUGUCCGAGUCCCCCGAGAACAGGCUAUGCGACAACGGGGUGCCACUGGAGCACCACCAUCACCAUGUUUACCCUCAUCAUCAUCAACAACAACAGCAGCACCAUCAUCAUCAUCAUCACCAUCAAGAGCAACAACAACUUCAACUCGACCCAAUCCAGAGACUUUUCCAAACCCAGCCACCUCCUUCCCCUUCCACCUCCUUCCCCUCUGUUGCUCACCCCUGUUGCUCCAACCCCCCUCCUCUGCUGCAGAACCCCCACCUCUUGUCCCAGCCCAUGAUGGUGGAUUCUGGGUCAUGUUCCCACCUUCAAGUGCAACAAAACCAGCAGCUGUUUUUCAACCUCUCUAAGCCUCAACUAGAAGCCCAGCACAACAGUCACUCAGCUUCAACUCUGCAGGGAGCAGGUUUGUUUCCAUCUCAGGUGACCAAUGACAACAUUAUACAAUCUUCACAAGGUCUAUCCUCUCAGAUGCCAGGUGUGGUGUCUCCUCAUGAGCUCCUCCAUAAGCUCCAGUUGGUCCAGCAGGAGCAAAGCCUGGCGUCCAGUGAUCCUCCUCGACUCGGUCCUGGACUGGCCCCUCGAUUCCUGGGGCCCUCUCCGAGUCAAAGUGUCGGUCCAGCCCCAAAUCAGAUCCCAGCCACCGCAGGUCAAAAGGCUGCCCUGCAGUUUCAGGUCAUCUCCCCCCAGAGAAUACCAGCCACUGUGGCCCCCACCAUGCUCCUCUCUCCCAGUGUUUUCUCUCAGACCAAGUCAAACUGUGGGUUGACGGCAGGCGCUCAGGAGAACUGCCCCGUCCCUCAACCCAGACCCGCGCUGCAGGAGGAGGUCCGGGUUCUGUCCAGAGGUCAGAUCCAAGCCACACUCCUGCAUCUGAUCCAGAGUGACAGCUCUUUCAUGGACACAAUCUAUGAAACCUACAUCAGCCGCUUUGCUAACGACUCCAGCACCAAGUACCAAUAACUCUUUACAUCCUCUGUCUAUACCUGCACCCUGUCCAGGUCAACUUCCUCCUCCUGAACCCCCACUCCAGGCACACGCAUAUGCACAAAUGUAUACCGGGUGUAUCACCUCUGUACUGUAAAACCAGGAAACCUGAACUUCAAACCACGCAGCUCAAUUUACAUCCAAAGGCAAAAAAUGUUGUUUUAAAAUGAGAAAAUAGGAAACUUCUCUUCAUGUGGAUCUCCAAGGAAAUGUCUCAAUCUGAGGAGUUGGUAAAAAUGUGGCAGAGCCGAUACAGUCUCGACCUCACCAGGAGAGAUGUAGCCUCUGCUGUGGUUCACUCUCACUGAAAACACAAUAUGCAGCCGCUUUACUUUUCUCAAAGUGUUUUUACCAAGUGUAGCGAUUUUAUUUUGUCUCGUCAUAAUCUUGACUUCAUCGCGAGUGUCCGACACCAGCAAGUCUUCCUCGUCUUAGAACUUGUGCUGAAGAAUCUGCUCAAACUGGCAGAGAUGUAAACAUGUUAAACAUGUUUUCUUUAUGUUCAUUCGGAGACGUAUUACAGGUUUAAACGUCAAAAGAGUUUGUUGGAUUUUAAUUUAAAGUUGUUUUAAAGUAAAUUCUGAGCAUUUUAAUUUCUAAAGGAUUUGUAUAAAGGAUGAUUUACUCUCCAGAUUGAACUUACUAAAAUGAUUUUGAAUUUUUUUUAUAGCUAACACAAGAUGUGAUAUUUGCAUUAUUUUAGUUGACUGGCUGAAGUGAUGUCCCCUUGUGAAGGAUAUAUACUCAUUUAAUUUUGAACACUCUGAUGCACUAUUAGUCUUAUUCCUCCUGCUGAACAUUAUUGUCAUAACAGAGGAGCUCAAAAUGACAUGGUUAUCAUUUCACUUGAAGAAACAAGGAAACUACAGGAGCUUUUCAGCCUGCACUACCUCACAGAGAGCUAGUUUAGAGGUGUACCUGUGUUUUUAAUUAAUAAUAGCAAAUUGUCAUUGAUAUUAUUGGGCAGUUUUAAGAGUAAAUAUUUAAAUAUCUAUCAUCUAAAUAGGAGUUUUAUUUCAGUCGAAGAAGAAAGACAUUGAAGAAGUAUCCAACACAGAAACCGAGAGACCAACAAAAACUGAAUUGCCACUUGUCAUCUUUUGUUGUACCUUAAAAUAUAAUAAUUGUGCGUUCAUGCCACAAUUCAUGAACACUCAUCCUGACACAAACAGAAACUAAUUGAUCAGAUGUUUGACAGUUAAAAUAAAUUAUUGAUUGGUUAAAAAUAGUUUUUAACGCAAUAAUGAGCGAAACAGAAAGUAUAUACAAGUACAUGCUAUAAUAAUGUUUUGGAGUUUACAGGCCUGUCCAAGACAAAUAUUGUGUAAAACAUUAUAUGUGCUGUGAAAGUCAGUCGAUGCGUAUGUUUGAUUUUUUUUCAGGGUUUGACAUGGGAGUUUAGCUCCUGUGCUAAUCUCACUGACGGCCAGUAGCCAAUAGAGACUUCACAAAAACAGCAUCAGCAACAGCAAAAAAAGAAAAAAACCUUUCAGAGAAAAGACUGCAAAUAUUUUUCUCCCUAUUUUUCUAAGAGUCAAAGCGUAUCGUUCUCACAAUACCGAUAAAUGCGAUGUUCCAUUAUAUAUGUAUAUGGGCAGCUAUUCGUCAAAGGGGGAUAUGAUUCAAAAGAUGUCGCCCGUAAUCUUUUUCUAAACAUGUAAUUUGAAAAAAAUCAUUCAAAUGUUGAAUUUCUAUCGGGAAUGUUUUGCUCGUACAGAAACUGGAAUAAAUUUUAAUUGGAUAAUAAAUUUUCUCAAACCAC